AUGGCUGGCAUGGACGACUCGAUCGUACUCAUGUCGGCCAUGGCACUACUGGAAGAGUCCCAAGAGCAUACACGAGCGAUACACAUAUCUCGCGGCCGGUUCAACCUCAUGGCACAAAGCUAUUCAACGUGCGCCUUCCACUUUUGCUUUAAGAUAAACGAGAUUCAGCAAUUGAAAGUGCUGCUGGAGAUUCCCGACCCGAUAAUCACGCCCCAGCGCUACAACGCAAGCGCCGAGCAGCUGCUCGCGCUCAUCCAAACACCAUCGGACGAAGCGAAAAACUCGUGCGGACAUACGUUGCUCAAAUCCGACAGCCAACGACGGCCAAAACACCUGAAAGACGCAUCAGACUACGAAACGCGAGAUCCGACGCGUUUUUCGGCUGAUUACGCGCAAGGGAAUCACUCCAAUUCGUCCAUCGACCUUCCCCCCCGCCGCGCAAUGUCCUCUGCCCAAUUCUCCGAGACCCACCUUGUCACUAUCCGACACAUGUGUUCCGCUCUCGGGAAACAAGAAGCCUGGAGCCUGAUCUUCGUACUGGCGCCUCUAGCGCAGCUCCACCUGGUUGACAGCUUUGCUCGCCAUGGCGAGAAUGCUCGGCAAGACAUUGCGGCACAAGCACAAUCGCUUGCUUCCGAGCGCGAUGCCGCGCUACAAGAACUUGCCGACCUCAACGCUCGAGGACGUGCUCUGGAGGAUACCCUCCAUCACACGACUACGCGUAUGUCCGCGCAGACAGCUUCGAAGCCGAAGCAACGCGCCGUAAAGCUCGAAGUCCCCAAGUAUGGAGGACUUCCCUCCCACCAACUGCUUCGUUCGAUCAAGCAAGUUGGUCGUGCCGCGGAUGCUUUGAACAUCGAUGACGAUGAGAUUUGCGUGUCUUUCGCCAUGUCGCACUUACUGGUCGCAGCGUUCCUGCCAGCGAACAGCGACUUCCGGUACCGCGCGGAGUACCUAUCUGCCAGGGAAGGCAAGCGCUCUAUUUGUGAGUACGUCCACGAUCUGCGCUUUCUUGCGUCCUGUGUCACCCAGAUGUCUUCGCUCUCCGAAGAGACUAAGGUGACUAUUUUUAUUAACGGCCUCAACGACUCUGCUGCGGGCACGCAGCUUUUUCGGAUAUAUCCUUCGACAUUCGAAGAUGCCGUCCGCACCGCGCUGGCCGAAGAGUUUUCGGUUCUCCAAUCGCGCACCACGACCAAGACCCGCGACCCACAUGACAUGGAGGUCUCGGCUAUGACCUCACCCACCACCGACCGUCGUUGCUUCAACUGCAACCGACCGGGACACAUCUCCCGCGAGUGUCGCCAACCACGCCGUGCACCGACAUCCGCUCGUGGUACUGCCUCAUCCCCUGCACACCGCUUCGCGCAUCCCGUUGUCGAUCGCGCACGCGGCGGUUGCGAGUUUCCUCGCGGGCGGGGAAACGGGACCCCUCAGUAG